CGCGCCAGCAGCACAUCGACUUGAUGUUCUCGGGCAGGGGACCUGUUCCCUCAGGUGGACCUUUCCUUUGGACGAACUGAAGUAGCUCCUGGCUUCCCCUCCUGUCUGAGAAAAAGUUGGGCGCACAUACAUCUCCUUACUAAAGUCCUGGCAUCGAGCGACAGGUGGCACCUUGAUGCCAAAACAGCCCAAACGGACUUGCUAAGCUUGGAGAGACGGAGGGCUUAACGGGAAUUGCUGGUCUCCUUUGGAUUCUACUUCUUGGUCCGUAAUUUUUGGCUUUGGGGCGCAGCUCUACUACUCGCGAAAAGUUUAAUUUAUCAGUGUGCUGGAUUGCUUUUUUUUUCACUGGGAUGCGCACAAAAUGUAGCUGAGAGGGACCAUGCAAUCGCGCAGGUCUCACCCAAGGUGAAAUCACCAUGUUCAGUGAAACUGUUGGUUCCUGGUUCGCCUCUGUAAAGAAACAUGCAGGAUAGGCAUUUUGUAACAAACCGACUACCUGGAAGUUGUACCUUACCAUUUCCUGGUUCUUGGAUGCUCUUCCUCAGUGUGUCUCACAUAAGGACCAUGUCCCUAACUCCAGAGUACUUUUGGAAUUUUUUAUUAACAAUAUCCAACCAUCCAAGGUGGACACAGAAGUGGAACUGGACAGGGCAUUGCAAUGUAUUUUUCUGCUGGUUCUUUCUAAUCUUGACAACAAUGCCAAUUUUUGUAGGGGGUGCCACAUUCAAAGUGGGAGUAGUUGGGCCCUGGAAUUGUGACCCGUUAUUUUAUAAUGCCCAACCUGAACUAGCUGCAAGACUAGCAGUAAGCCGAAUCAAUAAAGACCCAUACUUGAAUCAAGGAUAUUGGUAUGACUAUAUUGUGCUAAGCGAGGAUUGCCAGACAUCCCGGGCAUUAUCGACAUUUGUUAAUCUCGAGAGCUAUGCUACUGGGUUCGUGGGACCAAUGAACCCAGGAUAUUGCACUGCAGCAGGUCUCAUGGGAAAAAACUGGAACAAGCCAGUGGUCUCUUGGGCCUGUAUCAAUAUGGACCUAGAAGAAGGGGGCUAUCCAACUUUCCUACGACCCCUUCCUCUUGCCUCCAAGGUUCUCUUUUCUGUUCUCAAGUACUUCCGAUGGGCACAUGCAGCUAUAGUAACAUCUGACCAGGACGUGUGGAUGGAGACGGGCCAUGAGCUUGCCAGCUCCUUACGGAGACUUGGACUACCAGUCAGCGUCGUGGUCACCAUGGAGACUGACCAGCGAGGUGCUGAGGAUGCAUUAAAACGCAUUAAAAGGGCACACAAAGUAAGAGUGAUCAUCAUGUGCAUGCAUUCCGUCCUGUUGGGUGGUCAGGAACAGAAGAUCUUGUUGGAGAAAGCAGAGGAACUACGUAUGGCAGAUGGCACAUAUGUUUUUAUCCCUUUUGAUACCAUGUACUACAGUCUGCCCUACAAGAAAACACCCUUCCCUAUGCUGGCCAACAGCACAAAGCUUCAACAGGCCUAUGAUGCUGUGCUGACUAUCUCCAUUGAAUCCAAGAGCCAGAGUUUUUAUGAGGCCUUCCAAGAAGCCAAAGACUCCUAUGAGAUUCGCACAGCCCUACAACCUUCACAGGUGUCUCCUUUAUUUGGCACAAUCUACAAUUCCAUCUAUUUCUUGGCCAUGGCAGUAGAACGCAGCAGGAGGAAUAACCGGUGGGUGACAGGCACAUCCGUGUCACAAAAUACCAGAAACAUUGAAUUUGAAGGUUUUAAUCAGCCACUGUGGUCCAAUCGUCAUGGGGAGCUGCUCGCCAACUACGUGGUGCUAGAUAGCGACGGCUCAAAUGGUUUUCUUAGGGCUACGCAUACAGUGGACAUGGCUAAUGGCAUGCUGAAAUAUAUGGGAAACUCCAUCCAUUUCCCUCAGGGUUCUAGCCCAGGAACAGAUUCUGGCUGUUGGUUUGACUCAAGCACUAUCUGCACUGGAGGCGUGGAUCCCUCCUUCAUUCUACUCAUAUUCAUCUUGAUAUGUGGACUAGCUCUCGGUGGAGGUGCCUUGGCUUACUUUUUAAGGCGGAGAAUCCAACAGGUGCAGAUGAUGAAGGGACCAAAUAAACUGCUUCUCACCAUGGAAGACCUGGUUUUCAUUAAUGUACAUCUUAGCAAGAAGGGAUGGGAAACUGACUAUGACACGGCGAUAUCUAUAGGUAUAUGGGACAAAUGCCUUCGAAAUAUACACACUCAUGCCGAUAAUGCUAGACAGUUUAAGAAAACCAAUGAUGACAGUACUACUGGACGAAGUGUAUCUGACAUCAAGAGCACCAGAACACCACGUCAUUCGGUGUCAGGAAAGAGCCUUGCUGCCACUCCAGAGAACUCCAACGUCGCCAUCUAUGAGGGAGACUGGGUGUGGCUGAAGAAAUUUCCAGAUGGAGUGAAACACAUGGAAAUCAAACCUGCAACAAAGACCAUCUUCUGCAAGCUCAGAGACAUGCGCCAUGAGAAUGUCAACCUGUUCCUUGGUUUUUUUCAUGACUGUGGCGUGUUUGCCAUUAUCACUGAGCACUGCUCUAGAGGCAGUCUGGAAGAUCUUAUCAGAAACAGCGACAUGAAGCUGGACUGGAUGUUCAAAUCGUCUCUCCUACUUGAUCUCAUCAAGGCAAUGAAGUAUCUGCACCAUCGUGAGCUCAUUCAUGGCCGAUUGAAGUCCCGCAACUGCGUGGUGGAUGGCCGCUUUGUCCUGAAAGUUACUGAUUAUGGAUAUAAUGAAAUCCUCGAAUCCCAGAAGUUGCCUCAUUUAGAGCCAAGUCCUGAAGACCAGUUCUGGACUGCACCAGAGCUGCUGAGAGACUCAAACCUGGAACGGAAAGGUACCUUUAGAGGCGACGUGUACAGCUUUUCCAUCAUAAUGCAAGAAGUGAUCUGCAGGAACUCCCCAUACUGCAUGACUGACAUGCCCAGUGAUGAGAUUAUUAAAAGAGUCCGGAAGCCUCCUCCACUUUGUCGACCAUCUGUUUCAGUUGACCAAGCUCCAAUGGAGUGUAUCCAGAUCAUGAAACAAUGCUGGAGUGAACAACCAGAACGGCGGCCAACAUUUGACCAAAUUUUUGACCAGUUUAAGAAUAUUAACAAAGGGAAGAAGACAAACAUCAUAGACUCCAUGUUGAGAAUGCUGGAGCAGUACUCAAGUAACCUGGAGGAUUUGAUAAGAGAGCGAACUGAAGAGCUUGAAAUUGAGAAACAGAAGACUGACAGGCUUCUCACGCAGAUGUUGCCACCUUCUGUGGCGGAGGCUUUAAAAACAGGAGCCCCAGUUGAGCCUGAGUACUUUGAUGAGGUCACAAUAUACUUCAGUGAUAUUGUGGGUUUCACCACAAUCUCAGCUAUCAGUGAACCCAUUGAGGUGGUUGAUCUUCUUAAUGACCUCUACACUCUGUUUGAUGCCAUCAUUGGGUCACACGAUGUGUACAAGGUAGAAACAAUAGGAGAUGCUUACAUGGUGGCAUCAGGUCUGCCCAAAAAGAAUGGCAAUCGACAUGCAGCUGAGAUUUCAAACAUGUCCUUAGAUAUUCUCAGUUGUAUCGGCGCCUUCAAGAUGAGACACAUGCCAGAAGUCAAAGUCAAGAUCCGAAUAGGUCUGCAUUCAGGACCCUGCGUGGCGGGAGUGGUUGGACUCACGAUGCCCCGCUAUUGUCUCUUUGGGGACACUGUCAAUACAGCCUCUAGGAUGGAAUCCACAGGGUUGCCUUACAGAAUCCACCUGAAUCAAACAACAGUCAAUAUUUUACAUAGCUUGAAAAUGGGGUAUAAAUUAGAUGUCAGAGGAAAGACUGAACUAAAGGGCAAAGGAAUUGAGGAUACAUAUUGGCUUGUCGGGAGAGAAGGAUUUACAAAACCUCUUCCUACUCCACCAGAUAUAGUGCCAGGGGCAAGUAAUCAUGGAAUCAGUUUAGAGGAGAUUCCAGCUGACAGGAGAAAAAAACUAAUUGAGCGGGAGCAGAGGAUGAAAAAGUAAAAUAAAAAGAUGUUCAAAGAUGGCAAGAUGUAGCAGCAUCUCCUGCAGGACUAUUAUUUGUAAAAACUAUCAAGUGGACAAAGAUCUCACCUAGGAACACCGAGCACUUGGAAAUGGUUUGCUGUGGUUUCCUUAGAACACCAGAGUGUGUGUUACCAUGCAUGGGUGCCAGCAGACUGUGUAAUCUGAGACCGAGGAGGUGGAAAGUAAGCAAACUUAACACCUCAUUGUCAGCACGCUUGGGCUGGAGUAUGACUCUUAAGAGCCCUCCAUCAGGCCAGACAGUGAUCAGGUAUCUGUAAUGUAGGGAUGGGGCUCCAACUUCAUCAUGCCUUGUUCUUUCACCAGAAGAUUCACUGACAUCCCAUGAUGUUUGGUAGCCCCAGUGCUCUAUGCUGCCCUGAAAAAUCUGUAUAUAGUUGUAGCCUGGGCACAUUCAUUACAUGACACAGCUGGUAAUUCUGUAGCCACUGUAAAUUUUAAAUACAGAACCAGGGGAUUUCCAAGUUGCAUAUGCUUGACUGAACCCACAAGUAUCAUGAGACUAACACACUGUGGAUGAAAGGGUAUUUCUUAUUCAUUACUGAUAUGACCCUGCACAGAAUUAAGUAAACUAGGCACAGAAAACGGACAGAAAAGAGAAAUGCAUCUUGGGCAGGAUGUCUAAACUUCACAAAGUGUUUAAAAACAACAGAAGGUUACAGAAGCUCCAGACCAAAUCCAAGCUGUGGACCAUAUGAAAGCUGUGAAGCCACCUUCCAAUACUCAAUCCCUGUAAAUCUCUAGAUGGCUGAGCAGAAGACUUUUGUAUCAUCACCAGCAUAAAUACUGAAAAUGGUUCAGGUGAUUGACCUGUGGUGAUGGCCACAAGCCAUUGUCCCUUUUGGAGCUUCGAGAUUGAGACUUUUGAAAACUAUAAGUGUUUUCCGUAAUAUAUCAACUUAUAUAUUAUAUAGUGCCUUUCAUAGGAGUUAUUGUCACAAAUUGCAAAGUAAGUAAGGUUAAUCUAAGAAAUGCACAAACCAAACAUCAUGUGAGGAGGCUGUGAGUAACAGCUGGUUGACAGUAGUGCUCUGAGUUUUAUGUUACCUUGCCACGGCUGAGUGU